UUUAAAUGUUGCUUUAAUCUUUUCGAUCGUGGGAGCUCGUGUAUAAAGCGAAGGGUAGAAAUGGGAUCAAGGACUCCCGGGGACACAACCAAACCCAUGCCUGUCGGUAUCUGAGGUCCUUGUGGCGCGGAUUUAUUGCUUUAAAGGAGAGAGCAUAAGAUUUGGUUUUGCUUUGUUUCUAUGGCCAAAUGCCGGAAUUAGAAAUGUUUUCCAAGUGCGCCUGAAGCUGUAUUGGCUCGGGUGCCCAAUGGAACAAGCACUGGCAGCGGUGCGUGCACCGAAGAAAGCACGGAGACUGAGCAGAUCUUUGGGCCUUUGCAUGAUGUGCCGUCGUAGUUCCGUGCAGAGGAACUGAAUGACUCACAAAUCCCCGUGACUCACGCAGUCUCUCCCCACCGCGUGGGGCCCCACAAACAGGGGUGGUUCUCCCGCGAUCCAUCAGUAAGAACGAUGGACAGGCUGUCUUUCCAGUACACACACCGCCUCCACUCUAGCUAGCUUCCCAAACUGGGGUCCAGACGCCCCCUCUCAGUAGCGUUGACCUUCUGCUAGCCCAGGAGUCCAAGGCCAAGGACUUUGUUCCCAGGUCCGCUUCCAGGUUCUAGAGUCCAUACCUUCUCAGCGGUCCACCUCGUUACCCAGCGCUCCUCCCCACCCUCCUCCCGAAGGAGCGCGCAGGGGCGGGGCGAAGCUUCUCUGGGUGGGGGAGGGCACGUCUUGCUUAGCUUGCCAUCGGCGGAGAGCUACCGUUCAGCGAAGGGCAAUUAGAAGCUGGAAUCUACCAAAACCCGAGAGAAGAAUCUACUAACAAGUCUGAACAUUACCAUCAUGGCUUCAGAGCCUCCUCAUGAAGAAAAACAACCUAAAAUGCCACACUUACCACCAGACAAACAGAGCCUGCUGUUUUGUCCCAAAUCAAAGGUCCAUAUCCACAGAGGAGAGAUCUCAAAGAUCAUCCGUGAGUGUAAAGAAGAGAGUUUCUGGAAGAGAGCUCUCCCUUCGGCCUUGGUAGGAAUGCUUAUUACUCAAGGACUUGUCCACAAAGGUUACUUAGCAUCAAACCCAAGGUUUGGAUCAUUGCCGAAAGUAGCACUUGCUGGUAUCUUGGGAUUUGGCUUGGGGAAGGUGUCAUACAUAGGAGCAUGCCAAAAUAAAUUUCACACCAUAGAAUUCGAACUACGUGGGGCAGGUUUUGGUCCAGGCCAUAACAGACACUGCCUCCAGACCUGUGAAAAUUGCAAAAUAAAGCAUGAAUUGAAUCAGAAGAGCGGUUCUCAGGCCUCUGCUUCCUAAGCUGAUGUCUGUGCCUUCAGAGCCUCCCCAGGCCUUUGAAUUUGUAUGUAUUUCAUGUUCCCUUUGUACCUUCACAUGAGAUGUGUCUACCAAGCUGGAAUGAAAUGGAUGCUGCUCUCCACUCGUCAAUACUCAUGUUUUGUACAUGUAAUCCUGUUAUUAAAUCUUACUAUAAUGAGGUCCUCACCUGAAAUAUAAAGCUUUUUAUCUGAGUGUUGUAGUUUUUUCUGUUAUUUUUAAAGUAUGUUGGACCAAGAUCUAAUGAGAUGAGAUCUUCCCAAGACUUCCUCUGUCCCAUAUUGCUCCAGCUCUCAACAACUCUGAUGAAAUGGCAAAGAAGAUGUGAUAGGACUGUGUAAAGAGAUGUGGGGAGGCUCAAGGUGGUGAUUAGGCAGCAGAAGGAAAAGGGUAGGAGGUGCCUUUUAAGACCUGAGAACAUGGAUUUUUUUUAUUUAAGCCAGCGGGUGUGUUCUGUUUGGAAAGAACACAGUGUGAAUGUAUUGGACUCUGGACUUUUUAAAUGAUUUUGUGGCACAAUAAUAGGGUAGUGUUUUAGAAGUGACUUUUCUCUGUCCUGAUUUGAACUUUUGAAAAAGUUUAUUCUCUUUGGAUAACCUACUUAAUGAUAUUAUGUCCCAUCCAGUGCUUGAGCUGCCAUCUGUCAGUAAACUCUCACUUCAUUACAUUGCUAAUGGACUGGAAGGGUUAAAAAUAACUUCCAAAAUAUUUAACUUCUUUCCAAGGAAGUAAUCUAGGUCCUGGAGGAAAUACCACAAGAAUUACUUCCUUCUUCCAAUCAUCUUUAGAUUCUCUUGCUGGGUUCUUAGAAUACACAGAAUAGAGUGGCUUCUUCUGAGAGGUAUUUUAGCUUAAGACUAUGUUCUCUUGGCUGUGAUUCUUCAUGAAAGGUUCAGUUUUUCAUGUUAGUAUCUGUUUUCAUUUAAUAAUGCAUCUUGAUAUCUUCACCACAAAGACAGAAAAACUUUAUCCAGCUUUAAUGAUCUGUUUAAUAUGGUAUUUUAGAACAGAGGGAAAAACGUUGAACAGAUAUUUUGAAACAACCAAGGCACCUUUAUAGAAUGUAACUGUUUUUUUGGUAAAUAAAGCUCUUCAAAUCAGAA